CUUGGUCAAGAGGGCCAGAUUGUAAGGUUUGCAGGAAGAACAGCCAGCCACUGUCAAAAGCAACUUACAUGCCCAGAGAUCUCUUCCAUACAAGAGCUGAACAGCUCUGACUCUCUCUACAUCCCUCCCAGUGAUGUCCCACCCUUCACCCGAGCUCUGUUGCUCUCAGUCACUCUAGCUCUCCCGUACGAUCGGUGCUUCACCGAGAAACAGUCGACGGGAUCUGGGCGGGACCGGAUCGACACCAGUGCGCUCCGUUAACCACCAAACCUCCAUGAUCCACACCUGGACGAGCGCUUGACAGCUCAGUAAUUUGAAGAGAGGUUAUUAUGAGGACAGAGACGGGUCCUGAGGCGGGGGCCACAGUCAAUAUGCAACAGUCAGCUUCAGAUGGAAAAAUGGCCAAACAGGAAAAUAAGGCUCAUGAUGAUCACAAAGACACAGAAGACACAUCGGAAAGGACGACGCCGGGCAAGAGCCCUAGAUCUCCUCAGAAAGGCUCCAAACGCUCCAAGACUUUCCCCUUCAAAGUCACUCUUAUGGACAGCUCGGAUUAUGAAGAUAGCAUUGAGAAACUGUGUAAAGGGCAGCAUCUCCUGGACGUGAUGUGUGAACAUCUAAACUUGCUGGAGAAGGACUAUUUCGGCUUGACCUUCAGUGAUUCUGACAGCCAGAAGAACUGGCUGGACCCAUCCAAGGAAAUCAAGAAACAGAUGAGAACUUGUCCUUGGCAUUUUACCUUUGCUGUCAAGUUCUAUCCGCCGGACCCCUCUCAGCUCAUGGAAGACAUUACCAGGUACUAUCUGUGUCUGCAGCUGCGCAACGACAUUCUCUCCGGCCGCUUGCCCUGUUCUUUCGUCACACAUGCUUUGCUGGGAUCCUACACCGUCCAGGCGGAGCUGGGAGAUUACGAUCAGGAAGACCAUGGCUCAGACUACAUCAGUGAUUUACAUUUCGCUCCAAAUCAAACCCGUGAGCUGGAGGAGAGGGUGAUGGAGCUACACAGAACUUACAGGGGAAUGACGCCGGCAGAGGCAGAAAUGAACUUUCUGGAGAAUGCAAAGAAACUCUCCAUGUAUGGGGUUGACCUGCAUCAUGCUAAGGAUUCCGAAGGGAUUGAUAUCAUGCUGGGAGUGUGCGCCAACGGUCUAUUGAUUUACCGUGACAGGCUGAGGAUCAACCGCUUUGCCUGGCCGAAGAUCCUCAAGAUCUCCUACAAAAGGAGCAAUUUCUACAUCAAGAUCCGCCCUGGAGAGUAUGAGCAGUUCGAGAGCACCAUAGGCUUCAAGCUUCCCAACCACAGAGCUGCCAAGAGACUAUGGAAGGUCUGCAUCGAACACCACACCUUUUUCAGGCUAGUAUCUCCAGAGCCGCCACCAAAGGGAUUCAUGGUGAUGGGUUCAAAGUUCAGGUACAGUGGGAGGACUCAGGCCCAGACACGGCAGGCUAGUGCUCUGAUCGACCGACCCGCUCCACAAGUUGAACGUUCCACUAGCAAGAGAUAUCUUCUCUCUCGCAGUCUAGAUGGAGAGUUUUCCAGACCGGUGUCCACAUUGGGUGAGAUCCAUGAUGUUCUGUCCCAGAAGAGUGAGAGCGAGCAGCCACAGUUUCUGUCUGCAGAUGAAGCUGAACAUGAUCUCAGUCUGGACCAAGACCAGGACCAAGACCAAGAUCUUGACCAGAGCAAGAGUGAGGACAUGACCCCUACCAGGAAAAAAGACAUUAAGGAGGAUGGAAGUCUGGCUCUUGAUAAAGAGGAGGAGUUAACCCCUCUACACAAGCAGGAGUUUCUAGACAAGUCAGAUGAUGUUCUCCUGAAGCACCAGGCCAGCAUCAAUGAGCUGAAGAGAGCCCUGAGGGAGCCCAGCAGUAAGCUGGUGAACCGAGAAAAGCGCCUGUCAGCGACGUCCCCCGGUGAAACUCCAGAGAAGAAGGCAGCAGAGGCUGUUGUUGCAGGCGGAAGAGAACCUGUCAACAGCCUCACUGUGGAGGGCUUCAUACAGAAGAGUGUAGUGACUUCACCUGAGGGCUCUGAGGAAUGGGUGUUGAUCGAAAAACGAGACGCGUAUCAAACGGACUUUGACAUAGAGGAGAAAGAAUUGAACAAAGCUAGCACGUCUCCCCCACAACUAGUCGUUGAUCUGCUUCCAAGAAAAAAGAAGGAAAAACAACGCGAAAUUACCAAGAUGAAACACAUUGAGCUAAUGGGAGAGGAUGGUGAAGAAACUCAAUUGCAAAUGGAGACUUUUACAUCCACAAAAGUAACACAGAAGGAAAAGCCAACAGAAUCAAAUGGAAAGGGGGAAUAUGAUAUGUUUUCCUCCACAAUCGAAGUGAAAUCAGAUUUAUAUACGGUCGAUAAAUCAGACAAAAUGCCAUGUUCACCUGAUGAAUCAAGUUCUGAGACUAUGAAGACCUUAAAUCCAGAUGCUACAAGUGAAAGUGCUCCACGUAAAGUCAGAAGAGAGAAAAGACCUGAAAGCUUAAACCUGGGUAUGUCUAGGGACUUUGUGUAUGAAACAGAAGCCAAAAGUUCAAACAUCACAGAAGACAGUGUGGAGUCGGAUGAGGACAAUAAUACUGAAUCUAUUGAAGAGACUGCUGUUUGUCAUCCAACAACAGACGCAUGGUCACCAUCCAUGAUGAAAAAGCUAAAUCAGCCUUCAGAUGCCAGGUCACCUCUCGAAGAGAAGCAAAGGGAGUUUGAUAAAGUCAUGGAAAAAGACUUGCACAUUCCCAAUCAAGGAGUGACGAGAUCUGAUGAAGCAGAAGGUCAAGAGAAGCCAUCCACCGAAAUAAAGAUCAUGAACACUGAAGACAAACAAGAAAACCAAGAUUCGGUCGACGAUCCUGGUAGAGAUGAGCCAGAAAAAGUCAAGACUGAUAUCAGAUUUGAGGUUACGAAAGUCAUCAUGAUUGACAACAACGGGAACAAAGAGGAGCCAGAGAUUGUAGACGAGCAAAGAAUGGAAGAGUUCGAUCUUGAGAGGAAGAUAAGCAAUAUUCAACUAGAUAAAACUGAGAUGUUUCAAACAGCCAAGGAAUCGAGUAAGACCAACCUGAGAGUAACAGGACACUCAAGAACUGAUAUAACAAGAAUCGUUCCAUUGAAACCUGAUAGAGCGAAGAGCCAGGGUUACAAAGAUGACAUAGAUAUAGAGCAAGACUCAGAACUGAUGAAAAGAAGCUUCAAAAGAUACAGCAUGAAUGAAUCUUUCGAAAGACAGUUUGAUCCCAGCAAGUUUGAGUGCAGGGAUUCCAAUGCAAGCUCUUCCAACGCAAGUUUCACCACGAGUCCUGUGGAAGCUAAAAUGAGUCCGAAGGAAUCAUCGUUGGCCAUGACAGAUCACUAUAUUUUAGGAAGCUCAGAGCAAAAAACAAGCCAUGUUGGCGGUUCACCACACGAAGGCCGAGUGGUCCAUGGAGAUCUUCUGCAGCCCGAUGAAGGACUUUCUGAUGUCCAAACUCAUCUCCCCAGGACACCAGUCCACCAAAAAAAUGCCCCUCCGACUCCUCCAAUUAAAACAAAGAAAGCCAGAGAAUCUGUUCUUAUUCUGCGCAAUAGUCGCAACUUCAGCACAGACCCAACUAUGGAAGACAAGAAGAGCCUUCCGGAGUCUCUGUCCUCUGCUUCUUAUGAAGACCCACGGGAUUAUGAUAAGCAGCGACCGCCCUCCGUCCUGGAGGACGACAGUAAUCGCGAGCCGGCGUGGCUGAAGGACACCCACCUGGCCAUCGAGAGAAAAUGUUCAAGCAUGACAGUCAGUUCCACCUCAAGCCUGGAAGCUGAGGUGGACUUCACUGUAGUCAUGGACUUACACAGCGGAGUGGAGGAGUUCACAAGAGGCAUGGCUGAGCUGGGCGAGAAGGACCAGUGGGUGGAGAUGGGCGGGGAAGGGUUUGAGGACAUACCCAAGUCUCUCUCCACCCGCCGCAUGAAUUUGCGAGAUGUGUCGCCCGGAAGGGAGCGUUUUCUUGAAGGUCGCGCUCAUCAAGAUCUAGAGCCUCCCCCUGUUGCCAAGAAAGACGCCAGUGCUGUGAGCACUGCUCAGAUGUUGAGAAAAGGAGAAAUUAAAGGGACAGCAGAUUCCAAUGACUCUGAGGUUGAACACAGCUCUGAUCAUCCUUCAGAGGAAAAUAAGACUGUUGUCAAUUGCAAGCCAACCAAAGUCUCCAGUAAUGACGUCACACAACCACAGAAGGUGGAGACGAAAAAGGAAGAGAUCGGAGUUAAAGAGCUGAAAGAACUGAAAGAGAACGGUUCCCCUGUGAGGACAAACAGUCUUGGAAGAGAAUUUGUGGCGUCUCCUCUCACCAUAACCACAGAAAAUGUUACAUCAGCCACCACUACUCAAGUGACCAAGACGGUGAAGGGAGGGUAUGCAGAGACCAGGAUUGAGAAAAGAAUAAUCAUAACAGGCGAUGACGAUGUUGACCAACAUCAGGCUCUUGCCAUGGCAAUACAGGAAGCCAAACAACAGCAUCCUGACAUGCUGGUGACUAAAGCAGUGGUGGUCAGGGAAACAGACUCGACAUUUGAAGAGAAACAGCGGCGAUCCGAGUCUUGAUCACUAGAGGGUGCUGUUUGGCAACACUGACAGAAGAUCCGUUUUGGAAAUCUCCUUUGCUUUAUAUUCUUAUUGAGAGAUGAUGGCUCACGCUAAUGAACAAUGAACACAAACAGCCCUCUCAACCACUGUCCUGUCUUACCCCACUUCAGCUACCCUGCAUCCAAAUCUAUCCAAAACCUACAAUGUCUCAUCACCUGAUGUCAACGCAUUGUACAGUACCAUGCAAAGUAUUUUCCUUCCAUUAUACUGUAUAAAGCCCUGAGUCAUCUACAGUCCUUAAGAGAUUUCAACCCUAAAUUGUAUAAAUGUCAAUAGUUUAAAGUAAAAUGUAGAGUGGAUAUGAAAAAGAAAUACUCCAUUCUGUCACGUAUUUACAUCAGUUCCCAGAGUUUAAAAACCUUUUUUUGGGUUCGGUUGAGUAUACAGCGUUUUUGGGACGUUCUAUAUAAACCUGCCAUUCCUGAUUUUGUCAUCACAGAGUGGAUUACUCGGUUCUUCUCAUCAUGUUCUUCAGUCUUCCAUUUUGGACUCAUGUAUGACUUUUUAAAAUUCACUGGAGAAGUCUGGACUGACACUGAAGCUAUGUACCCAUGCUGCCCUGGAUAAUAGAGCCACGGGUCGGCCUCUAGCGUUAACUAAUAUACUCGAUUGCUGUUUUCUAGCUUUGUAAAGACUUUUGAAACAUAGUUGAUCUUGUGUUUGCCUGUUAAUUAUGAAUAUUUAUCAAUUUGAUUAUCAUAUGCGUAUGCAUGAAACGAAUAGCAGAUUUGGAUGGUGGAAGCCCACAUGCAUCAAACCGGUUGUAGUACAGAUGCUGUUGUUUUAUUGAGACCCAUGAGUCAAAACAAGGGACGACGCGAACUGCACAUCCCAUAAAAAGCGAAAGAUUAUGUGAUGUAUAUCAUUUUAAAAUCAAUGCAGCAUUUUGAAUUGCAGGCAAGAUGCAACAUGUCAGCUCUAGCUUUUCCUCCCGUCCCCAAUUUUAGAGGAUCAAACCAAUUUCGCUGUUUCAACCUGACACCAAGCUCUGUUCUAAAACCUAUAGUGAGCUGCUUAUUUUGGCAUCACUUCAAAGUUUCAUACGAGCGAACAAAAUUGAAAGGUAGCAAAAAUAAUUCUGCCUUCUGAAAUACUGAAAUUCUGCUUAUUGGCUAACAUUAUUUACAGUGAAAGCAAUCCCAUUGUGCAAUGUGGCAUUGACAGCGAACAUUCCAACAGGUUCAUUUACAGUUAAUAUAGGAUGCUGCCUAUGUAGGGAGUAGACAGCAAGGUAGCACACUAGGUUUGAUUUAUUGAAGUGAUGCUCGACGGGCAAUGUUAGAAUUUUUACCAACACACUUUUUAUAGAGAUUUUAUUGAAAUGAAUGAUUUAUUUUUCUUUGCUUUUUUAAGUUAUGCUGUAUGACUUGGAUGUAUUUAUAUGAUUGCUAAAUGUGAGCCCUUGGGUUUUCCGUCUCUUAAAUGUUACCACCUACAGCAGUGUGAAUAUUACAAUCUCCUGAUCUGUGUUGGAUUCCACUCAAGAAAAAUGAUCAUCGUAUAUAUUCUAUGCAUUCUUAGUAAAGUAGCCUGAGGAAUAUACAACAAACACAGGGGAUUUGUAGAACUGUGAGCUGUUUUUGUCAACAACUCUGCAAUAACAUUUACGUUUAUAGAGAAAACUGUGAUUAAGCAUGUUCCGUAUUACGGCUGUAUGCACAAACUUGUCACUGUUAACCAUGGCUCUGUACGUCUCACUGCUGUCUCCUGAGGGAUGGAAGACCCUCGGGACAUGUCUGAUCUGCUGUUAAAAUGCAUCUGUGAAUCACAUGAGAAUCUGUAUUUUUUUUCAGGGUAGUGUCACUGAAUUUCCCGAUUAUACUGCAAAAGGUCCAGGCAGCAAUUUUUUUGUUUUCUGCACCGAUUUGGGUUGAAACGUGCAAGAUAGAUACAAGCAUGGUGAAAUGUGUUAAAUGGAGUGUAUUGAAAUGAAUAUGGUAUAAUUCUUGCACCACCGGCAUCAUUUAGACAAGUUUCCCAAAAACACCACACCCUAUCUUUCAUUGGUGGGGUAAACAUAAACGUUACAAUUCAACUAAAAUCUUCAGCGCGUGCCUGCUCGAGCAAUGUUUAUCUGCUGUUCAUUUUGGGAUAAAACGGUAACAACGUGAUCCAAUUUGGAAGGGAGGAGGCGAUGUCUUGUAGCGCAGGUGUUUGACUCAGUUUGACUCUGAAACAUUAAAAGAAAAGUGUGCAAGUGAUUGUUUCUGUACCAACACAAUUUAGGGCUGUUACUGUGAUGAUGAAUAUGAGAGAAUAUCAAUGUCAUAUCAAUAUUGGGUGCCUUAUUGUUUCACUCAAUGCCAUCUGAGGCAAGACAAGAUGUUACCUGUGAUCCUUUGAAACUUUAAGAGUUGAUCUCGUGGAUCAAUAUGGGUCUGCAGUCUGUCACAUGGGAUGUAAUGAAUCUUGUAAAUGGAGUUAAAUGUAUUUAUCUCUGUUGACUGGUGCAACUUGCUGUAGAUCUGUAAUAGAGUUUGACAUGAAACAAGUUUAAGAAGGAUGGACCACUGGAACAAAUAAAGUGAAAGCGGCUACAGUACCUGAUGCUCUGUGCUUGGAAUGAAGCAUUGGAUAUCUCUUCCUAAACUACUGUCAUGACCCCUUCCAUUGACACGUGUCUUUCAGAGUUUAUAGCCACAUAGUACUUAAUGGUGUGUGUUUACUGUAUUUGCAUUCAGCCUAAAUGGAGUACAGAAUCAAACAAUAAACGUCUCAAUGCCA